GCUGAGUCUGUAACUGGGUGAUCGUUGCUGCACUACGUGGUUUAAUCUGAACCUGCUGCUGUGGUUGUUGGCGUGCAGCUCUGCGUGUACUUCCUGUCACCGCUGACCCUGACGAUGGUGCUGAGGGAGGUUCCAGUUGAAAACAUCACCCGCCCUCUGGGCAGGAACGAGGUCAUCGGCCUGCUCUUCCGUCUCACCAUAUUCGGCGCCGUCACCUACUUUACCAUCAAGUGGAUGGUGGACGCCAUCGACCCCACCAGGAAGCAGAAGUUGGAGGCUCAGAAACAGGCCGAGAAGCUGAUGCGUCAGAUCGGCGUGACGAACGUGAAGCUGUCUGAAUAUGAGAUGAGCAUCGCCGCUCACCUGGUGGACCCGCUGAGCAUGCAGAUCACGUGGAGAGACAUCGCAGGUCUGGACGAGGUGAUCACAGAGCUGAAGGAGACGGUGAUCCUACCUGUCCAGAAGAGACACCUGUUCCAGGGAUCCAGACUUCUGCAGCCCCCCAAAGGCGUGCUGCUGUACGGGCCCCCGGGCUGCGGUAAGACGUUGAUCGCCAAGGCGACAGCGAAGGAGGCGGGGUUUCGCUUCAUCAACCUGCAGCCGAGCACGCUGACGGACAAGUGGUACGGCGAGUCACAGAAGUUGGCCGCCGCCGUGUUCUCAUUGGCUGUCAAACUGCAGCCGUCAAUCAUCUUCGUCGACGAGAUAGACUCGUUCCUGAGGAGCAGAUCCAGCUCGGACCACGAAGCCACGGCCAUGAUGAAGGCUCAGUUCAUGAGUCUGUGGGACGGACUGGAUACUGACUACCACUGUCAGGUGAUCAUAAUGGGCGCCACGAACCGUCCUCAAGACCUGGAUUCUGCUAUCCUGAGGAGGAUGCCCACAAGGUUCCACAUCAACCAGCCGAGCGUGAGGCAGCGGGAGCAGAUCCUCCGGCUG